GUUGUCAACAUUGGCACACCCCCCCCCCCCCCCCCCCCCUAUACAUAUAGUAGUUGAAUCAAUUUAAAACACGAUCAUCUCCACCAAACUCCCUUUUGACUUCUUUCGUCUUCCAAAUUCCUCCCAUAAUCAUCUCUGUGUUCCUUUUUAUCUCAAGGUUUUUGCAUGUAAUUGGAGCUCUGCUCUGAUUAACGAUGUCUUCGAUUGAUCUGGAAUCUAUUUCGGAGGCAACAUCAGGAGCAAUUGGAGCUGUUUUGAGCACAACCAUCUUGUACCCUCUUGAUACUUGUAAGGCCAAGUAUCAAGCUGAGGUUCGUUCUCAUGGUCAGCAGAAAUAUAGGAAACUAUCAGAUGUGUUGUUGGAGGCGGUAUCCAACGGUAAAGUUUUGUCAUUGUAUCAGGGCCUCGGAACCAAGAACUUGCAAUCAUUUAUCGCACAAUUUGUAUACUUCUAUGGAUAUAGCUACUUUAAAAGGAUAUACCAAGUGAAAUAUGGUACAAAAUCUAUUGGAACAAAAGCCAACUUGAUUCUUGCUGCUUCAGCUGGGGCCUGUACCGCCAUUAUAACUCAGCCUUUGGAUACGGCAUCAUCACGAAUGCAGACAAGUGCAUUUGGGAGAUCAAAAGGGCUUUGGGCAAUGCUUUCGGAAGGCAGCUGGAUUGAAGCAUUUGAUGGGCUCGGCAUCUCCUUACUAUUAACUUCCAACCCUGCAAUUCAGUACACAGUAUUUGAUCAGCUGAAGCAAAGACUUUUAGACGGAAAGUUGAAAAAAGCAGGGAAGGGAUCUUCUCCUGAAUCCCUUUCUGCCUUCUCUGCCUUUUUACUCGGAGCAAUCUCCAAAAGUAUUGCAACCGUUCUUACAUAUCCAGCUAUCAGGUGCAAGGUCAUGAUUCAGGCUGCAGAUUCUAGCGAAGAUGACACCAGUAAAAACAGAAAGAAACCACGGAAAACCAUAUUGAGCGUUUUAGAUGCUAUCUGGAGACGAGAAGGGGCGUUGGGGUUUUUCAAGGGAUUGCAGGCUCAAAUACUGAAGACGGUAUUAAGCUCGGCGUUACUUCUAAUGAUAAAAGAAAAGAUUACAGCGACCACCUGGGUCCUUAUUCUUGCAAUUAGAAGGUAUCUGGUGGUCACACAAGGAAGGUUAAAGGGCAGAUAAGGGGUAAGCUUCCAUGAUCAACAAUUCUUGAUAAACAAGCAAGAUUAGAAUGCAUAUCUAAGAAGCAUUCUUGUGGUAGAUAGAAAUCUUUCAAGAAACUUGGAUUAGUUUUUUAAUGUUAAAAGAUUUACAAGACAUAAACCGAUCAGUCGAAUUGGUUGGAUGGUUCGAUGUUUCGACAUUCGAAUUGGGUCGGUUUUGGUUGGUGGAUGACGGGUUUUUGGGAUUUUAUUGUUUUUUCCUUGUGAUUUAAUUAUGUUGGUCGUGAUAA